AAGAUUACUCUGUGAUAACGUGUACAAAUAGACACCGCUUUGAUGCUGUUGUGUACUAGUCAUCUGAUUAAAGCGAUCAUCUGAUUUUAUGUAGUUUUGGAACCUGUGAUAAAAAUUAUGAAAAUAGUGUAUGAAACAAUUUAUUUAAUAAUAUAUAGUUUAUUUGUCCUUUAUGAAUUAGUCAACGAAUAUUGGAAUAAUGUGAAAAAACACUUCAAUGAGAACAUCACAUCUAAGUAUAUCGAAGAAAAUGGUUUUGAAUAUUUGAAGAAAAAACCAAAUCACAUAACUUUUAUAAUAGAUGAAGAGCCUAGUUUCAAAGACCUGGCUAACCUGGUUUCAUGGUGCUUGAUCGCAAGGAUAUCGUUUGUUAGUUUUUACGAUUAUCGAGGGGUGCUUGAAAAAAAACAAGAAGAGUUGGAAAUAGAAAUAAAUAAAAUAAAACAAGAGAACUUCCACGUAUUAUGGCACAACAGAAAAAUUGAUUCAAAAAAUGGAAUUCAGGGUAGAAAAAUUAAUAUAAAAAUAAUUACCAAAGAUGAUGGAAAACAUAAUAUAAAAAGAGUUUGCGAAGAUUUCAUUAUUAAUAAGGAAAAAAUUUCAAACAUUACCAUUGAUUAUGUAGAUAAAUGUUUAAAACAACAAUAUGGAUUUCCAGAUCCUGAUUUAGGGAUCAUAUUCUCUAGAAUAUUUUCUUUAUUUGAUUAUCCACCUUGGGAGAUAAGACUUACAGAAUUUUAUAGAUUUAAUAGUCAUCAAAACAUUAAUUUUGAAGAUUUUGUAAAUGUUCUUGAUAAAUAUAGCAAAUGCAAUCAGAGGUUGGGGACUUAAAUAUAUACACAUAAUUUUAUAGUGCUGAUGCUCUAUCAAGUGGGAAAAAAUUCUCAGGAUCAAAGGGGUGUACUACUGUCAAAAAAAAAAAAUAUUUAAUAAAUUUUUUUAUCAUCAAA